AAGAAGCCAUUUAAUUUAUUGUUCCUUUAUUUAUAAACACAAAUUUAACAAUAUAUAUGGGUUUUCAGAAGACCAACAAGUCGACGACCAUAUGGACUUGCAGCAUUAGAUCAAAGACUAUUCAUUGUUAUGCCACCAUUGUUGCAAAGGGCACCCAGUUCAACCGAGGACCACAAGAACAUGUUCACCCACCGGAGCCCAGGAAAACAGCAAAGGCUAAGGUUACACAUGUGUUUGUGUUGAUGUCUCGUCGGCGGAAGUCAGACUACGUUCGGGUUUUGACGGCUAUCAGAGAUAGAUUGGGUGACUGCCAGGUUGAACAAUGUAUGCUCGACUUUGAGCAAGCUGCUUGGCAGUCCAUUAGAGAGGUUUUUCCUGGUGUGAAUCUUCGCGGCUGCAUUUUUCAUCUGACACAAGAAUUGUGGCGACACAUCCAGGAACUUAGACUGUCACGCACAUACAGAGAAAGGGAGCCACCCACAACUUCAUCCGGAUGAUCCUGGCCUUACCAUUUCUGCCACCUCAUCAGAUCCGCCCCACAUUUGAUGCUUUCAGAGGACGUUGCCCUGCAGAGCCUGGUCACCCUCUUAGCCAGUUCGUAGAGUACGUGAGGAGCCAGUGGAUUGACUCUGCCACUUUCCCGCCGACAACUUGGUCAGCCUUUGAAUCAUCGGUCCGAACCAAC